CACAAACGAAGGUUACGCAACGGCAAGCAAAACAUAUGGGUUUGUCUGGCCGGCAAGCAUCCGCUUGUAUAGGAGAGGAAAGCAACUCUUAACCCUAGUUAAAAUUCUCCCGAUUUCUGAGGAGGGCCUCGAAUUCGAAGUCGGAAAACAUUGACACCCUGAAAUAGAUUGUCGAAUCGAUGUUAUUAUUACCUAUUUCUCUUAACGAUGUUUGUGUUUCGUCCCAUCUAGUAGAUUCUCUGCGAUUCAGGCACCCCAUUUUUGGUUUUUACUCUUUCUCUCUCUAUCCUGUGCUCCGUCUCCUUCCUACUAGAUUGGGAUAGAGAGAGAUGUAUUAUUAUUGCUCUUUUGAAGCGCAAGGCAGAAUCUCUUUUGUUGGUCUCUAACUCUCGUUUGACUGGAUUGCCCAAGCCAAUGCAAUGAAUGCGGAUUCGUUGUUGAAGAAAUUGAAUCGACUAUAACCAAUAGCAGUUCUUUUUUUCUUUGUUCUUUUACCUUUCAUCUUUGAACGAGCGAGCGAUUGAGACGUGAUUUUUGAAGCCAAUUUUUGGAAUGAGAAAAACGAAGGAUUGGUACAUCUCUUUAUAGAUACUCGGUUUUGUUGGAUUCUCUUAUCUUAUUUCAGUUGAAGAAACGAAUGGCCGUCGCCGUUGCUUCUUAUAGGCGAGCGGUAUUGUUGGGGACGAAUUCAUGGAUUUACUUAACUAAGUUGAGAGGCAUUGAAGGAUCAAAUACGGCAAAUGCCGUAGACCGGUUCUUGCUUGGUGCUCAUUCGUUUAGGAUGCCUGCUUCUUUGGCCUUUAAUUCAUCAUCAUUUAACAGGUUCGAUUGCAGGCUGAUAUCUCAGCUUCAGAUGAUGAAAUCAAAUGGCAAGCGUGCAUUUCUUGUCGAUACAUUGGCUUUGGUUAGGAGAUUAGAAGCACAAGGCGUGCCUUCUAAUCAAGCCGAAGCGAUAACAACUGCUAUCACUGAGGUUUUGAAUGACAGCUUGGAAAAUGUUUCUCAAUCCUUUGUUUUGAAAGGAGAGAUGCAGAAAAUCGAAAUGAUACAAGAAGCUAACUUGUCAAAAUUCAAAUCCCAGGUGCAAAAUUCACAGGAGAAUCAUUUUUCUUUGUUGCAACGAGAGACUGAAAAACUUCGUAGUGACAUAGAGAAGAUGCGCAGUGAAUUGAGGUAUGAGAUUGACAAAGUUACUGCAGGUCAACGUUUGGAUUUGAAUCUUGAAAGAGGGCGUAUUCGUGAUGAACUGGCCAAUCAAAAUGCAGAAACAACCAACCUUACUAACAAGCUUGACCGGGAAAUUCAUGCAUUAAAGGCUCAGUUAGAAGCAGCUAAGUAUGAUGUAAUCAAAUACUGCAUAGGUACCCUUGUGUCCAUAUGUGCUGUUGGUCUUGCUAUAGUCCGCAUUCUGAUGUAAAGAAAUAUUGUAUUAUUGUUACUCUUUCAAUUUAAGGUGAGCAAAAGAUAUAUUAGCCCAUUCAUUUUUUUUUUUCCUGGGAUACUGGGUGCUGAAGAUUUUGAAAUUCAGUGUCAGCGUUGGUUGGCAAAUGUGGCUCAAAGAAACAUGUCCAUUUUGAAUAGUUGUCUUUUUUUUUUUUUGGGGGGGGGGGGUGAUACCCUUAUUUCUUGUGUCAUUUCUUAUUAUGUUCAUGCCAUUUGGAAAAUAAAUAAAAUUUGUGCAUGUUAAAUGUGCCUUUUGC